AUGGAAGCAGGUGAGCCAAGCAAAAGCAAAAGCAAAAGCAAAAGCGAAAACGCUCAGCCGCCACUGGUUGAUAGUAUUCUGCAACUUGGGAAGCCAGCUUUCGAUCCCCAAGAAACGGAGGAUACCAGAAAUUCAAAUCGUCAGAAGUUCAAUGCUCUUCUUGAAAGUUCAAGUACACUAUCACUCAUACCAGUUUUGAACCUUCUCAUACAGCCUUCUCGAGUCCAGCCAUGGCUCCGUUCCCCCUUGGUCUCAGCUCUUGCACGCCUGCCUCUGCGGCCUCGAGGGGUACAUCACACUAUCGAGUUCGUCCUUCAAGUCCACCCUAGCAAUAGUGCAUCGGCAAGUACGGGAAGAGGGGCUAGUAUUUCGCACGAAGCUUUGAACUCUGCCUCUCGGCUUCUAUCGUCACCACCAGCUGGAAUGUUGCCUGAGGACUGGUUCAGUGGCAUCGCUCCUCAGCUCCUAUCACUACUUGAUGGUGAAGGGGAGCCUGGGAUGGAAAGAGCUGCUGCAUUCAUCAUCGGGUUUGGUGUUCUCGGGAGGAAGCAAUUUGGGGCACCUGGUACGCCAGGGUGGAAUGCUUUUGUUGAUCCAAUAUUGGGAGAUAUCGAUCCCACUGCCGUUUCUACCAAUAUUCGAGACACCGAUAGUAGAACUUCUCCAGAUUCUAUAGAAUUCUUGGGAGGUAUGAAAGUUCUUGUGCUCUCUGGGGACGUCAAGAAGGGCAUUCACAGAUUAUACACAUUACUUACCUCUCACCCCCAUCCUUCCCUGUCGAAGCGGCUUCUGCGACCAAUCCUGCUGCCCUUGUGGUCCCUUUCAUGCCGGAGUCAAGGUAACCAAAAAACCGAGAGGGAAAUAUGUGAACCAGCCAGGCGACUUCUAAAGACCUUACUACAGCUAUCACCUACAUCCACCGAGACACACGGUCCACCAUCUACACGUGACCUUCUUUUAUCGAUACUAGAGAACAUCACAUUUAAGGGCAGAUCAGAGUCACGCCAGCCGCAUUGGAGUUAUGCUUCCAGCAAGGACGGCGGUGUUCAGAUUGAAGAGGUAAGAACCUCGAAAACCGGAGCCAGUAGCCAACUGGACCUUGUGAGCAUCGAUACUGCCACCGAUUCUUUCAUCUCCUUGCUGCAGGAUACGCCUGACUUUAAGCCCGAAAUAUCGUCACUCUUCAUGCAUCUAUGCAAGAAAUGGCUUGCAGAGAGCGCAAGAACCAGCGAGCCUGUUAUUAUUACCCGUCUUGGACGGACAGACGAUCGCAAAGUUGACACUGUUGAGAGUAGCCUCAUCGAAGCUAAAGUUAUGCAUAAGAUGAUGACUUCAUUUCCAGAAAAUCUGGUUGAUGACUCUCGUCAGGUGCUGGAACUCGUCAACAAAGUCUUGUUGGACUUUCUAGCAACCACCGGUGGUGGGUCAGGUGAUGAGGAUAUUGUUGCAGUUGCUUUGAGCCUCCUCAACAUUGUUCUCACGUCUCCAAGCUUCAAGGAGACUCCAAACAUCAACUCUUGCUUGGCAUCAAUCGAAGAUUGUUUAGGUUCGGUGAGCCGGAAGCCAUUAGAUGUUUCAUCGACUGCGCAGAAUCUACUUAUGCUAUUGAGGUUUCGCGAUUCUAUCAACGAUGCGGAACCUAACAGCAUGGCCACUCCGACAGAACGACAGGUUGAAGAUAGAAAGAGCUACAGUCUUGCUAUGUCAUAUCUGACUGCAACAGACUCGCCGCCACCUGUUCGAGCCCAAGGUUUGGAGCUGCUGUCGGCUUUGAUUCGAGCAGGCAGUGCAAUAUUGGACAUCCCAGCGCUGCUGGUCCUGUUCUCAUCACUCUUACAAGAUGAUGAGGAAUACAUCUAUCUUCGGGCCAUCAAGUCUUUCAUCCAGCUGUCCCAUAGACAUCCAAAGUCCGUGAUGGGAGAUCUAAUCGAACGCUAUGUCGACUCCCAAGAAGAGAGUGGACUGGAUCAGCGGCUAAGACUUGGUGAAGCACUACUUCAAGUUAUCCAGUGCAAUCCUCUCGCGUUCAACAGCAAGACUUCGAAAUCUGUCUGCCAAGGCCUCCUAUUCGUAGCUGGCCGCCGAGGAUAUCGCCCACAGGCGGAGCAGCAACAGGAGAAGAAGAACAAGCUCAAGCGCAAGCAGAACAGCGAAGCGGACGAGGCUUGGGGUGGCGAAGUUCCUCAACUCGAUGAAGUACUCGGAGAGUCCCAUGAGGAUAAUGAGAUCCUCUCUCAGAUUGUUGCAGGUUGGGAAAGCAAGCGUGGACAGGAAGAUGUACGGAUCAGGGCCUCCGCGAUCUCGAUUCUCGGCUCGGCGAUCGAGGCAAAUAUCGAAGGCAUGGGCUCACUAAUAAUCUCUGCCGCUCUAGAUCUGAGUAUUUAUAUUCUAACGCUGGAGCCGGGGCCGGAGAAAGGCAUCUUGCGUCGCUCUGCGAUCCGGCUCAUUAUGAAUUUCGUAAAAGCGCUCGAUACGGCAAGAUCAGAGGGUAAGAGGUUGGGGUUCGGAUUCGUGGGUCAAAGUCUCGACGAUGUCCGCAGAGUCUUGAAAUACAUCGAAGGGACCGAUGUCGACGGAUUAGUACGACAGCAUGCUCGCGACACGAUCGAAGGGCUCGAAGCUUGGGAGAUCAAUGCCCUAAUCCCACCGCCGACACAAAGAGAACAGACCUCGCUUCGAGAAUUAGCUGGCCUGACAAUUACACCUGGUGGAGUCUCAGACCCCGAUGGACGCAUCCGACCCAGGAUCGUGGAAAUCGAAUGA